CAGUAUUGUCCCAAGUUCGCGACUAACCAGUUCAGCACGCACAUUCCGCAAAGUACAAAAUAUCAACCUCAUUAGCAUUAUGGUUGAAAACAAGGAAAUCCCUUUCGAUCCCAUUCCACUGGAGAAGGUCUACAUCAAUCUACGCAGUGUGGAGCAAUCGGUUGAACUUUUGACAUCUUCGCUUAUCAAGCAACAAUCACCGACUCAAAUGCUCCACUGGACAUUGAAAUCGCUGCGUCUGAUGGAUUUGACAACGCUCAGCGGAGAUGACACCCGAGCCAAUGUGGAGCGCCUCUGCUUUCGGGCGGCUCAUCCCUUCCCGCACCGACACCUUUCGGAUGCUACCACAGGUAGCAUUCACACGGCUGCCGUUUGUGUCUACCCAAGUCGGGUUCGGGAUGCUCAUCAAUCACUCGAGGCCCUCGGGGUAAUCGGCGAAAUUGGAAUAGCCGCCGUUGCCACUGGGUUUCCUUCCGGAUUGUACCCGUUGAAGUCUCGUCUGGCGGAGAUCGAAUAUGCCAUCGAUCAAGGGGCGACCGAAAUCGAUAUAGUCGUAGAUCGUAGUCUGGUUCUGAACAACAAGUGGAAACAGUUGUACGAUGAAAUUGUUCAGAUGAGACAUGCUUGCGGAGAUCGGGCUCAUCUGAAGACGAUUCUGGGCAUCGGAGAGUGCGGAACGAUGGUCAAUGUGUACAAAGCGUCGAUGGUCGCAAUGAUGGCCGGGUCGGACUUUAUCAAGACAUCAACCGGAAAGGAAACAGUCAACGCCACACUACCAGUUGGACUGGUCAUGAUCCGUGCCAUUCAGGAGUUCCAUAGACUAACUGGAAAGAAAAUCGGUCUGAAACCUGCCGGCGGUGUGCGCACCGUCAAGGAUGCCGUAGCCUGGAUGAUCAUGAUCCAGGAAACACUUGGUGACGAGUGGCUUCAGCCAGAGCUCUUCCGCUUUGGUGCAUCCGGUCUUCUGGACGACGUCGAGAAGCAAUACUACAUUCUUACGGCUAAGUAUAUUCACUAAUUGAUUGACAAGACUUUGACUUUGAUUUUGUUUUAUUUUUUAUUAAAAUUUGUACAAUACAAUAACAAUAAAUAACUAGAGAAAUUGCACGCUCCUAGCUCUCGACUCGAAAGCCCUUCUCAGGCGACGAACUGUAAUCUACGAUUCGAAACUUGCCACUUCUGGUGUAGUAUCCGUAGCGGCCUCUAACGUUGCCAUCGUUGUCACGUUCUUCUACGCGAAACUGCCGGUUCUUCCU